AUGUCUUCAAAGAAUUCCACUGUUGCUGAAUCACGAGCAGCCGCUCUCGACACUACUGUCCAGUCUUUGGACGCCUUUGAGUCGGUAUUUGAUGGGAAGAAUACCAAUACUUCCCAAAAAGGCGAACUUACACUAAGAAUGACGUCGAUGCUCUGCGGCAUAAUUGAUGACGAUGAUCUCAAUACUCGCUGUACUCCCAAACAACAAGAGACGAGAACUGCUUUUCUCCCCCAGGCUUCAAGAAACUUAAUGAAUGAUAUAGGUACUGCCCGGGAGAGCCAGAGUGCAAAGAUGAUCAAGUUGUUUGGGGAUGUACUGAUAAAUGAUUGUAGACCUUGA